UGUUCAGAUAAAGUCUGUAGACAGAGGUGUUACUGUUUGUACGACUACCAGUGUGGAACUUACGGGCAAUGCUGUAAUAACAAAUGCAUCAGUAGUUCGUCCACUUGUUCCUGUUCUAACGACUACCAGUGUCACAUUAGCCAGCAGUGCUGUAAUGGCAAAUGCAUCAGUAGUUCGUCUUCUUGUUCCUGUUCGUACGACCACCAAUGUCGAUCGAGCAAGAAAUGCUGUAAUAGCAAAUGCAUCAGUAGUUCGUCUUCUUGUUACUGUACGUACGACUCCGAUUGUGACAUUGGAGAGGAUUGUUGUGGGGGAGUUUGUUCGUCAUCAUACUGUGGUUGGAGUGGCGGAGCUAUUGCAGGCGCUAUUAUCAGCACAAUUAUUUUCUUCGCCAUCAUCAUUUCCAUUGUGUCCUGUCUCUGCUGUGCUUGUUGCCCAUACUACCGCUAUCGUACACCCCGUACUGCGGUCGUCACCGGCCAACAGCCACAACAACAAAUGGUCUCAACUCACACACACUUGACGCCGCAACAAGUACAUGCUCCUCCGCCGGUGAACUACAAUCAGCCUCCAGCAGCUGGUAACAACCCGCCUCCUCAAGGCUUUAAUCAGGCACCUCCACCUUACCCGAGCUAUCCACCGCCACCACCAAACCAAUAUCCUCCACAGCCGGGACAAGUUCAAGCGGUGCCGAUGCCGGCUGCAAUAAACGCUGGACAACCGAACACGUGCUAAUAAAAAUAACCACCCAACAGAACUGUUCCGGUGAAAUAAACAUCUUUCGGUUUAAUUUCCACUCACAUAAACGUAAACGUAGUCAAGUUACUGAAUGCUGAAUGUAUGUUAGUAUUUUUUAGGGAUAGUUUCAAUAUUUUAAGGAGUGCAUGAAGAAUAGAAUGACCUGUAUGCUGUAUAUCUGCUUAUUUAAUCUUCCAUUUUGCUUUCGUCACACAAAGAAAAACAAAAAGUAGACAUAGUUUCCUUGUGGAGAGGAUUUUUGUCAGAGAAAGGUGAGUCGGGCCAUUUGCAUCGUUUUUCCAGAUUGAAUAUUGUAUUCUUAGAAAUGUGGUUCACUUAACUGCCAUAUUAAACCGAUGUGACUGUAUUUGAUCCAGUCUAUGCUUCCAUCGAUAGUUUUCAAUCUAUUUCCGCCUAUGAAAUUUUCAAGAUGGCGAAUGUCGAUCGUGUUGUAUAACAGUCAAUCUCGGUAAUAGAAUAUCGCAGCUUAAAUUUUUUUGAAUUGGCCAGGUUGUUGUUGCAAUAUCUGAGCUGCCACCUUUGUAAAGUAUUACUUUUAGCUGAUCGCAUCUUCAGCAGAUCCUUCGACAACAUAUGUUAUGUCGAUGUCGAGCAGUAUUCAGCUUUGUGUGUUGUAGCAAUGUUUUUUUAAUAAUAAAUUGCUGUUAAUCAGC